GCAGCUAAUAAAAAGUGCUAAUGGUGUGUUUAAAAUAUGAAUAAACCGAGUAUGCCUGAGCCACAAAAACGGUUACAACAACCACAACGGUUAUUGUUAUAACAAAAAGAGAUUUUCUUUUUCGUGGGACGAAGAAAUCGCAUUUGCAUUUCACCGCGCUGGUGCUGGCUGGUAGAUUAAAUUGGAUCAAUCGAUGGAAGUUCGGCGUUCGGAAGUGUGUUUGUGUGCGCGUUUCGGUUAAGAGUGCUACUUUCAUAGAAAGGUUACCAGAAUCUGGAAUAAUAAAUAUCUAAAUGCAAAUAUCGGGAACCCGUUAAGCACAGCCGAAGAACAAUAGGAGUUUUGGGAGAGUCGCAGCGUGAGUUGGCAAUGCUUGACAGGCGCCGAUCCGCGACUUUGUAAUGGGCAACCGCGUGGCAUCGAGCAGGGGCGUGGAUGGAGCCGAGGAGGGAGCCGCCGGCGAGGGGAACUCCAGGUUUAACACACGCAGGCGAUACCAACAGCACAAGAGGGAGUACUGCCUCCAGAACGAGUACCGAUCCAAGACCCUGCCCGCCCGCCAUCCGCAUCACAAUGAUCCCCAGAGCCAUCAGAAGAACUCCGAUGAGCGAUUGGGCUCAAGCAGUUGCUUGGGAGCGGGACAGAAUGCGCCCAACAACGCAACACCGCACACUGGAGAGACGUCGAGGGUGCUGUUUCUGCUCUACUUGAUACAUCGCACCUGGAACGUGGUCAUGGACACGAUGGACUCACGCACCAAGAGCAGUCGUUCUGCAAGGGAGAAUUCCCCCCAAAAAGAAGCCCCCAAUGAUAUUGAACUGCAGCCACGACCUCUGGAUGAAGAGUGCUCCAUUGGCAUCACCGACUUGGAUGCUUCCUCGCUCUGCUCCCAGUACUCGUGCUGCAGCUGCAGCUACUGCGACGUGGAGACAACCGGAACCCAGACUAACGUCUAUAGCUCCAUUGGCGACGACUAUUCCCUGGACUCCAUGUACGAAGCGGGAAAGUCGAUAGUGGACAGCGACAGCUCGACACUCCAGCGACACCAUCUCCAACCUCGUCACCCGGGACACCUCCACCUCCAGAUGGCUCCCAGCGUGUGCGAAAUGGCCGGCCAGGGUCAAAACAGUCAAGCUUCCCCCCAGAAGGCAGGCGGAUCCAACAGUUCGGGGACAAACAAGUGCGGAGCCAGCAGUCUGAAUGGAUCCCUGGCCUCCUACAAGAUCGGCGGCUCCGAACAGAGCUGGCCCCAGGCACCAGUUUUCAGCAAGGAAAAUCAACGUCCACCAGUCUACAAUCCCGAGGACUAUGUUCACUCUCUGAGGAAGUUCAUCAAGGCCAGCAGUUCGGCCAAAAAGCUAUCCAUUUACGAUGUGAGCACGGGCCCGAGUGCCAAGGAGGAGGCCUCCAGGUCGGCCACCUUACCAGCCAAACACUCGGAGUACAAAUCUCCCAUUCCUGCUCCGCCAGAAAAUGAUAGAGAGAUGUCCCUUCGUCAGUUCGGCUCCAUCACAGAUCUGCUCACCAAGUUGCGCGCUGAUCUUCGCGUAUCAUUUCCCAGCUUCGUCCAAGAGUUUGUGGGCACUCCUGCGGAUGGCAUCAGCCACUUGCUGGAGGUCUUGCGAGCCAUUCAAAUGGCCCAGGCCAGUAAUGCCCCUGCUCCUAUGGCAGGAGCCAGCAGUUCCCUGGCCAUGACCAGAAAUCCCCAGAGCUAUCAACGUCGAGCGUUGCUGGACGAACUUUCUUGCCUGCAAUGUCUGAGCAUCUGUAGCUCUCGAUCUCUGGAUGCCAUAGCCCGUUUGGGAAACACACCUGUGGGUCUAAUGCCGCUAGCUUCUUCGGCCACGGGUCAGGGCAUCCGAGCUCGCAUCCUGGCCCUCCAAUUGCUAGCCUCAGCCUGCGAUCGCCAGCCCUUUGGAGGUGGCACUGGUGGGCUGAAGAUAGCCUCUGCGGGACAUACGGCUGUAUCGGAUGCCAUGUCCACACUGCGACUGAGAUGCAGUGAACCAGUUCGCUUCCGCCUGCUGGUUGGCAUCCUAAACAGCGGCGGUGGUUCAGGAGAGCUCCAGUGCGCGGGUGUUAAAUUUCUCAACACGUUCAUCGAGAGCGCUGUGAGCAUUCAGCAACGUCUGUACAUCCAGGCUGAGCUUUUCCAGGCGGGAUUAGAUGCUAGCACCCUGGCUCGCACCAUCUCCUCCUCAUCACCAUGGCUGGAUGCCCUGAAGAUCGAGGUGAAGCGCUUCAACGAACUCCACAUCGAUGUGGACCACAUGAUUACUCAGGCCAGGGACGCAGAGCGUGUUCGCAGCCAGAUGGUCAUCCUGGAGCGAAGGGUACAGAUUCUGCACGAAGAGAAGGCUGUGCUGACCUCCAUGGAACGGCGUCUUCAAGAGCGCUGCGCCGAACUCCAACGUGAAAUCUUUCGCCUCCAAGGCACUCAGCAGCAAUCCAAAUUCAAGCCGGUGGAGUCCUCCCAUCAACCAGUUGCCCUUCCUCGCCAGGUGGCCCCCUCAAAGAAAAACAAACAGAGCAGUUCGGAGCACGAGGAUGAGGGGAUUAGCAGUUCGGAAACGGGAGCUUCCCUUAGCCCAGUUCCGAUUUUGGUCCUUCCCUCCAAGACGAAGCAAUCGCGGAAGGUUGUGGAGGAGGAUGAAGACGACGCAGCCACCAUCGAAGACGUGAUCGAGGAGCUGGACAACAUAGUGAGCGAAGCGGAGAAGCAGAUCAGCAGCCAGGCGAGCAGUGGAUCCCGGACGAAGAUGCGACACCACCGACCGGUGGAGAAGGAUAUUAUCCCUGUUAACAUAGUACCACAGCCUCCGAGAAAAUCUCGAUCCUUGGCUCAUCUGGUACCCCGUACCGACUGCUCCGAGCAGGAGGGUUCGGAUUAUGGUAUGGUCCUGCACCAACCAGGAGAUCCAGCUGCUGUCGAACGACUGGCCGCUAUGCAGAGCUUCUUCGAUGAGGUGGAUUACGAUGCACCCGAGACGGAUCAACCUUCGGCCUAUCAAAUGGAGUCGCCCACGCCGGACAUGCCGGAGGCGAAUGCCACGGCUACGGCGUAUAAUGCCAGCACAAAUCGGGAGUUACUGGAUGUGAUCAUGAAUGCGCGGCAUGAUGAACACGAUCCCACAAUGCAGGCCCUGCGGAAAAGUGCCCAGGAUACAGCACCCGUGACGAUUCCCCAUCAUCCAGUAAAGGUCAAGGCACCAGCCCCACCGCCGCCAACUCCUCCUGCGCAGCAAUUCAACGGGGUCUUCUUCAUGACGGGCAUGAACACACCUCAGAAGUAUCCCAAGCCGGACAUCUCGGCCGCCCUGCAGGCCAGACGGGUCACCAAGAAUGUGGAGCGUCUGGAGGCGGCCUUUGCCUCAGCGCAUCCCGAAGCCCUCAAUGAAGCGGCCAUCGGAAGGGAGAAGUCUCGCAGCAAUCAGCAGAUAUACUUCACCAGCAAUCUGGCCAUGAGAAUGCAUGAUCACUCCAGCUUCGGCAGCCCACUCGGGGGACAGGCUCAGGGUCCAACCAUGCGCACUCGGUCCCACACCCAGGGAUCCAUGUCGAAGGUGACGGACCUGCCAUCAGGCCUCUACUAAGCGAUACUCCAACAGAUACUCCGAAAGAUUCUCCAGCUCCUGUGCAAUAGCAACCCACUCCUAGGUUACGACAGCCCAUCAGAUCAGCGUAUUUAUAUAUAGGAAACUUAAAUCUACCCAUACAUUAUAAACACGUUUCGUAUGCAACUCUCGAGAUAACUGCAGCCGAGACUAGGUUAGUUACGGUGGCAGCUUCAACCGGGUAUCUAGCCGAUAAGUCUUAGUUCCGUAGUUCAUGUCUAGCCUAAUUGAUUAUUUUUCAUUGAAUAAAGUUCUUAAACUAAACUAA